AUGGUCGAAAAGGACUACGUGUCAAUCCCGCAGGAGGACAUCCUGUCAGGGCAGGAAGAGUACUAUGAUGAUGGCAAGAAGCCAACGCAGAGGUGGAGGAAGGGAGCCCGCUCGACCAAGGGAGCAUUGAUUGCAGCGUCCCUCGGAGCUUUGGUGCUCCUCGCCCUCGUAUACUCUGGAUGUUCCAAGGACGGGAGUGUUAACAGGUGCUCCGCGGCGGCCAGCGCUGACGGCACCGCAGGGCUCAUCUUUGGACUGGGUACGGGCGAUGUGUCGGGGCCGAUUGUGCAGACGGGCAUGAUGGGCUAUGCAUCUCUGCCGCAGGUCAACACGGGCCUGCAUAUUCGACAGCGCUCGAGGGCCUUUAUCGUCGGUACCGACACGAGUGACGAGGAUCAGGGCGCGCACCUGCCCGACGGGGGCGCUCCCGCGGCCGACGAUGACUCAGGCCGGCCGGAUCCUAACGAUGGCCUGACAGACCGAUGGGUGUACAUCAACUCGGACAUUUGCAUGGGCGACUCGGCCGUACGGCGCGCCAUCGUCAACCGUCUUCGACAACAGUACCCGGGCAUCUAUGGCGAGCGCAACGUUGCCUUUGCCGGCACCCACUCCCACUCCGGUCCCGGCGGCUUCCUCAAUGCCCUGAUUCCGACCGUGACAAACUUUGGUGUCGUUGACCAGACGUUCAAUGCCAUCGUCGAGGGCACCGUCCGUGCUGUGCAAAAGGCCCACGACGACUACAUGGCCAGGCGUGAUCGGGCGACCAAGGGCCAGACCAAGGCAAAGAUCUACUAUGGCAACUCCAUUCUCAAAGAGGCUCACAUCAACCGGUCGCCCUUUAGCUAUCUGCAGAAUCCCCAGGAGGAGAGGGACAAGUACGACAGCGACCAGGACGAUGUCUUCCACAUGCUCCAGUUCCUGGAUGACGACGGAAAGAAGGGCCUGCUGAGCUUUUACCCCGUCCACGGCACGAGCCUGUAUGAGAACAAUACGCUGAGCUCCGCCGACAACAAGGGUCUGGCGGCGCUCAUGGUCGAGCAGCAGCAAGACCCCAGUGCGUUGCCCGGACAGGCUGCCUUCGUCGCCGGCUUCAGUCAGGCCAAUGUGGGCGAUACGACGCCGAAUGUUGGGGGUGCCUUCUGCGACGAUGGCAAUCCGUGCGACUUUGAGCACAGCACGUGUCCAAAUGACCGCAACAAGCAACGGGUCGAGAACUGCCACGGUCGUGGCCCAACAUGGGGCGACGAGUCGCUCUUGGCCGGACCGACGGGAGGAUGGGACUUUAGCGGCAACGAAAAGAUUGCCAGGUACCAGGCCGACGCCGCACUGGGCCUCCUCGAUGCUUCGCUCGACUCGAUGACCGAAGUUGCCGGCGUGGUGCGGUCGGUCAAGUGGAAUGUGGCCAUGAACAACUUCACCUUCCCCCUGUCCAACGGGACUCAGGUGACGACUUGCCCCUCUGCUUUGGGCUACGGCUUCGCAGGCGGCACGACCGACGGGCCUGGUGCGUUCGAUUUCGUUCAGGGCGCCAACUCGAGCGAGCAGCACAAUCCACUCUGGGAUAUUGCCAGGACACUCGUCACACCACCCUCCAAGAAGCAGAUCGAGUGCCAGAAGCCCAAGAGGGUGCUCUUGUCCAUCGGCGAGCAGAACCUGCCCUACCCCUGGGGACCCGGUGGAAAAGAGGGUCUCGUCGAGACUCAGAUCCUUCGUGCUGGAAACGUCUUUGUCCUUGUGGUUCCCGGCGAAUUCACCACGAUGGCCGGCCGACGAAUCAAGGACGCUGUCAAGGCAAAGAUUCUCGACUUGAACAUUUUGGCCGCGGGUCUCGAGCCGAUCGUCCUCAUCGGCGGACCUGCAUCGACGUAUGGACACUAUAUAACAACGAGGGAAGAGUACAGCGUCCAGCGCUACGAGGGCGGAAGCACCCUGUUCGGACCUAACACACUAGAAGCGUACACGCACAUCUUUGCCAACUUCCUCACGCCCGCUCUCAAGGAUGACGAGGCGGCAAAGAUGGUGCCUGCGGGCCAACUGCCGGAGCUGAGCUUCAACAAGGCUCUGCGGCUGGGUGAGCAGCCCAUCGUGUACGACCGACCGGCCUUUGGGCACAAGUUCGGCGAUGUCCUCGUCGAGCCCCUCGAGAGCUACCAGCUCAGUGCAAAGCCCAACGUCACGGCGCAAUUCGUGGGCGCCAAUCCGCGCAAUGACCUCCGACUCGAAGCAACGUAUACAGAGGUGCAGAAGCAGCGCUCGGAUCAGGAGCCACAGACGUGGGAUGUGGUCAGGACCGACGGACAUCACAGCACCGUGAUGCGGUGGACGCAGACGAACAAGGCGACGGGAAGCUCCGUCAUCGACUAUGGCUGGACUGUCGAGGAUGGGACGAGCGCGGGCCGGUACAGGCUGGUCUAUUACGGGAGCGCAAAGACGCCCGUCACAGGCAAAAUCCAGCCGUUUGUCGCGACCUCGAGAGAGUUCACGCUUGAGUAGGUUCCCGAAUUUAGUGUUGGUGAUAUUGGAAUCUGCUGCUAUUUCCAUGUAUUGAGAAGGACAAUGCGUAUCAUCCGUUGCUCCCUUUGAUCAAUGUGAUCGUCCCCUUGAAGUGCU